AUGCGUCUCUUAAACAAAAUCCUCUUCUGCUCCCACAUCCUCCCCACACUCAGUAUCCCAGUCACAUCAAAAACAUCCCAAAACCACGACAUCACACCAAACAAGAUCCUCGAUAUCCUAAACGGACUCACAAACACCCAAAUAAACACAAUCUACAAUGUCAACUCGGAUCCAGUUAUCCCAAUCUACCCCAAAAAGAAAUCUACCGAUACCUCAUACACACUAAGUGAAGAUGAACUCCGCUCCGCAAUCCACAUCCCACUCGAAUUCCAACACUGCAAAGGAAAACAACCCAUUCUCCUCGUACCAGGUACCGCAGAUCCAGCCGGAUCAACAUUCUACUUUAGUUACGCGAAACUAUUAUCCAAUACCUCAUUCGCGGAUCCAGUUUGGGUUAAUAUACCUAAUACCUCACUCUCGGAUACACAACUCAGCUCUGAGUAUGUAGCUUAUGCCAUCAAUUACAUUUCUGACACCUGUAUUUCGAGUCCCACCAAGAAUGAUGCCACCAGUAUUGGCAUGUUAUCAUUCUCACAAGGUGGGAUUAAUGUUCAAUGGGCACUGAAGUACUGGCCCUCUACACGAGAUACCGUGUCAGAUUUCAUGGCGAUUAGUGCUGAUUUCCAUGGGAGUAAACUUGAAGGGAUUUGUUCCGGAUUGAAUGAUACCUGUACACCAGCAAUUCGACAACAGGGGUAUGAAUCAGACUUCAUUCAUGCACUGCGAAAGGAUGGUGGAGACUCAGCGUAUGUGAGUACGACAAGUGUUUAUUCUGGUGUUGAUGAGGUAGUUCAACCACAGAGUGGUGAGAAUGCCUCAGCGGCGUUGAACGAUGUGAGAGAUGUUGGUGUUUCGAAUACACAGGUUCAAAUUGCUUGUCCUGGGAAACGAGCUGGUGGAUUUUAUACACAUGAGAGCAUGUUGGUUAAUCCGGUUGCUUAUGCUUUAUUUGUGGAUGCGCUCACACAUGAUGGACCUGGUAAUUUGUCAAGGAUUGAUCUGAAGACGGUUUGCGAUCAAGUUGUUCCUCCGGGACUUGGAAAGGAGGAUUUGUUUGGGACGGAAGCUAUGGCAAUUGGAUAUGGACUUGUAGAUACACUUUCGUAUGAUGAUAAGGGCGAUGGGAAGGAACCAUCUCUAAUGGAUUAUGUUCAAGUUUGA